GGGGCCGGGGCCGGGGCCGGUGGCUGCGGCGGGAGGCGCCGCCGCGGGGGGGCACCGGGCAGCGACCGAGCGCCGGCGGGCUGCGGCGUCACUGCGGGCCUGCGCCGGCCCCGCACCGGGCUGCACCGGCCCCGCCGCACCGGGACCGGGACCGGCCUGCACCGGGAGCGGCGCCGGGACACACCGGGAGCGGCCCUGGGAGCGGCCCCGGGAUACACCGGGAGCGGCCCCGGGACACACCGGGAGCGGCCCCGGAAGCGGCUCCGGGAGCGGCCCCGGGCUCCCCCGGCCCCGCCGCCCCGGCCCCGCUGCCGCAGCGCAGCCGCCGCCCCCCGCCCCCCCCCGCCCCGGCAGCGCUGAGCGGCGGCCCCAGGCGCGGCCCCGGGAUGGGGCCCGGUGGCCCCGGAAGCGGGUGGCCCCUGGCCGGGACCGUGCUGGUGGCCGUGGCCGCCUCGCUGGUGGCGGGGGGCGAGGACUGCCUGUGGUACGUGGACAGGAACGGCUCCUGGCACCCCGGCUUCGACUGCGACUUCUUCACCUUCUGCUGCGGCACGUGCCACCAGCGGUACUGCUGCCGCGACCCCCUGCGCCUGCUCACCGAGCGCCAGCAGCGCCACUGCCUCGCCUUCAGCCCCAAGACCAUCGCGGGCAUCGCCUCGGCCGUGGUGCUCUUCAUUGCCAUCGUCACCACCAUCGUCUGCUGCUUCAUGUGCUCCUGCUGCUACCUGUACCAGCGCCGGCAGCACCUCCGCACCCCCCUGCAAGGCCCAGAGAUCCCGCUGUCCAGCUACCCCCCCGCAGGCCCCCCACCCCCCUUCCCUGUGGACGCCAAAGCCGGCCCUGCGCCCCCCCAGCCCGGCUUCACCCCCAUGGCCAUGUACCCGCCAGCCGGCCCCGCCGCCCAGUACCCGCUGUACCCCUCCGCCCCCCCCAUCUACAACCCCACAGCACCACCCCCCUACGUCCCAGCACAGCCCAGCUACCCCGGAGCCUGAGCACCCGCGGGGACCCCGGCACCCUCCCGCCGCCGGCCAGCGGGGCCCGUCUGGGGACCCUUGUCCCCCCGCCCUGGGCCCGGGGGGGUGCCCCAGCUGUGGCUGGAUCCAGCCCUUCCCGGCCGUGCCGGGGCUGACCCCGUGCCAGCAGCACAGGGCAGCUCUUGUCCUGCACACUGGGCUCUUUGUGGGUGCCUCCACCCAGCCCUGGGUGCCAGCAGCCUCUGCACCCAUGGGGGGGGGCACCCGGGGGUCCCCCGAGGGCCGUGCAUCACCGCACCCCCGCACCGAUUUGGCCCCGGCUCUCCCCCCCGCCCCGGGGUUCGCAUUAAACCGUAUCUUGCACCCCA